AUGACGCCGGUCGACGCGAUUCUGGAAGCACGAGACUCCCGGCCAGGUUUCAAUUUCGAAUUUCUCAUCUUUUUCAUCAUCUGCGGUCUGCUGGCCAUCUUCUUCCUGCUGUAUUUUAACCGACUGUUCGCAUCCAUCGUCUCAUACGGCAUUCGGACAUAUACCUGGCACACAUACCGAGUCUACAUUGAUGUCAAAGCAAUCCAGGUCUCUCUCCUCGGCGGCCGAAUCUUCUUCACCGGUUUACGCUACCACGGGUCCAACGAAUCCUUCCUCAUCCAACAUGGAGACAUUACCUGGCGAUAUUGGCUGCGACGAGUACGGGACCUUGAUAUCAAUGUCUCAAAUGCUUCCGAUAGCUCCUCGGUAGCUGGAAGUCAAAAGAACUCCAAUCUGCCGUGUAGGAUACAUGCCAGGCUUGUCGGUGUCGAAUGGUUCGUUUACAAUCGGAGCCCGGCAUAUAACAGUGUCCUCGAUGGCCUGCUCAACGUCGAUUCGCCGGGAUCCAAGUCCAGUGAUAUCUAUAAUGAAAAGGACGAAUCCGCUCUGAGAUUCAGAAAAGGUCACCAAAACGGCUCAGCAGAAGGAAACUUUUAUACAGGCGAUACAACCACCAAUGUACCAGACUCGGAGAAAGCAAGUCAGCCUCAGCCGUCCCCUCCGGACCGCUCUUCCACGGCUUCCCACAGUGUCAACGAACGUGCAUGGAGCAAUGAAGCCAAUAAUUCUCUCCCCGCAAUGCUUCAGCUGUUACCGAUUUCAGUGGAAUGCCAAAAGCCCGCUCUUGUGGUUGGCAAUGACAACACCAAAGCCAUUCUCAUUGUGAAAGCAAACUCGGCUACAACGAUUGUAGACGCAGGUCACACGAGAACAGUGGAUUUGUACCGUCAGUUAUUCAAAGUCGAAUUUGAUCAUCCUGUGGUUGAAAUGCGAGAGAACGACGAAUUUAAGGAAGACCAAGUUUCUCGAGCCACUCGACAAAGGGAGGACGCUUCAAGCCAGGAAACGCCCGCACAGCGAUCUUUCUUCAGACAUCGUCGUCGCAAGGUCUUACAUUCACUCAGGAACCUUGUUCCGUACUGGCGUCGUUCUGUCGAAUCCUUUUCCACCGAUUCAAGAGCAGCAAUCGGCACAGGUGUAUCCCAAAUUCCCGGCUCAAGCCACUGGCAGGGUCUAUCAAGGUACCUAGACGACAGAUAUCAAGAUGAUAAGGCAAGGUGGUCUUCUGUUGAAUAUGGUGCCGUCAAUACGAUACUUGACUGCCCAGCUGCAAUGCUUACAAUUUAUUGGGAUACCGUCGUCAAAAUUACAGACACGGCUCGCCAAAACAACAGUUCGAGCUUUCACACCAGCAUCAACGGGACAGAGCCUCCAGCUUGGGGAAUGACUUUGUCAGUCAAGGGCGGGACGAUGAACUACGGCCCAUGGGCAGACCGCCAACGGGCAGACUUGCAGCGCGUCUUUUAUCCCACGCUUUGUAAAGACGCAGUUGCUGCUGAGCCAUUACCGGCCGGAUCCUGGAGAGUUGCGACGCAAUUCAAGCUUUUUGUUGAAUUGGACGAUGCUGUCACUUUACGAGUUCCAACUAGAGAAGAAUCCAAGAAUUGGCGCUGGCGUGGAAAAGAACCGCCAAUCGGCCGACAAGGUGCGACUGGCAAGAAAAGACGCAACAAGAACAAAAAGAGCAAAGGCGAUGCCCAACCCGUUCGGCCGGCCGGUUGGCUAGAGAUCAAGGUGCCCUCCAACUCUACCAUUUCGUACUCAAUGGACAUGCUUGGUCGGUCAACAGGGUACCAGAAUCGCUUAGACAUUGAUCUACCAAGCACAGAACUUUGGAGCAGCGUCAAUCACGAUUUGAUGUGGAAAUCCGGAGCACAACGCAUUUCCUGCGACCUUUCCAAUCCUCUGACUUGGAAUACACUUCGAAACUGGCAUUUCAACAUAACCUGUGACGACAUGAAGCUUUAUCUCCUGCGAGACCACAUAUUCCUUCUGAUCGAUCUGGUCGACGACUGGGCCACCGGGCCACCCUCCGAAUAUCUCGUAUUUACACCGUACAUAUAUCACCUGAAAUUAAACCUGCAAAAUUUACAACUAUAUCUUAAUGUUAAUGACGAAAACAUCAUCGAUAAAGCCACGGCCCUUGAUGAUAACACGUAUUUGAUCCUAUCUAGCCCUCUUCUGAAAGCAGAAACCUCGAUACCCCUGGAUAAAUUUCGACCGAACAGUAAUGCUAUUCCGUUUGACAUUCGAACCGACACGUUUGAUCUGACACUGCACGCCCCGCAGUCCAACACGCAGGCCGCCUUUUUGAGAUCCAAUGAGCUUGGGCACGGGGAGGGCCUCACCGUUACUGGCAGCUAUGAAUACAAUGCCACAACUUCACCAGCAAAUACAGAUACCCUGAUACUCAAUGUGCAAGGGCAAUCCCCAUAUGCGUAUCUCUACGGAUUCAUUAUAAGAUAUGUAAUUCUUCUCAAGGACAACUAUUUCGGUGAUUUUGUUCACUUCCGAACACUGGACGAAUACCAAGAACAUUUGCAAUUAGAGGCCCAGAAGUCCAACCCUGACACCGUGCCUCGACCUCCGAACAAAAAGUCAAAUGAUCUCGAUGUCAUUUUGUCCGUCAAAGUCGAUGAUCCGCGUAUUUUUCUACCCACGAAUCUGUAUUGCGCCAACCGCUUUCUGCAAUGCGAGCUUGCCAACCUGUCCGUUGAUCUGCGUUUCACAAACUAUUACAUGGACAUGGAGCUCUUGCUGAGCCCUCUCAGCCUGUCCAUGGGCAACCCGAUACUCUCGCCCGACACUGUCAACUCUUCCUACUCCAAUACACAGCUAUUUGUUGACGGAGUACGCGUUUUUGGCCAUCGUACAUUUGGCCUGCCUCCUUCAGAGCCUACAUAUCUUUGCAACUGGGACGUAUCAGUCGGCGUGGUGGAUGGCGAAUGCUCCGCAGAUUUUCUAACCUCGUUGGCUAAAGGUGGUGCGGCGUUUGGAUUCAUGUUUGACGACGUUGAGAAUGCUCUCGUACCGUACUCUUCUCUCGUCUUCAAUGACGUCACAUUCGUUAGAGUUGAUGUCGCUUCUCUUCAUUUGUGGCUACACGUCGAUGAAGCUGCAUUUCUACUGUCAACGGGACCCAUCGAAGUGCGAAGUAACGAUUGGGGUGGUGCUCAUUACUCGAAACGCGCCAACAUUGACAUUCCUAACAUAGAAGUGUCCUGCGUGAACGCGGAAUCCGCUGCCAGGCAUACAUCUCGGCGUCAUCACCAAGUAGACACUGUGGCUUAUUUCAAAACUGACAUUCAUCUUGCGUCUAUUGGCCGCAAGUUUCACUUCCACAAAGAGCUCAAGAUUCAGCAAGAUUUGAUCCGGAGAGAAGAUCAACGUACGGAAAGAACCCCAUUUCUCCUGCGACAGCAAAAUGACCCUGAAUUCGUCCCGGAACCGUUUGAUCCUCCAGCACAAUGUGCGCCACCGCCUGCUUUCCCGGUUACAGAACUGGACGAUGGUGACGAUCAGGCAUCCUACAAAAGCGAUGGAACCUCUCGGUUUUCUAAUCGGUUGCGGCGUCAAAGCUCGUUCUUGUCCUUCUCCAGCUCUAGUACCGGCAGUAUACGUGGCGCCCGAAGUCAGCCACGGAGCCAACCGCGGAGCCGUGCCCGAUCAAGGCAGACGGCGUUGUCGACUCAAUCCAGUGGUACAGAGAAGGAACGUCGAGUGUCAGGCCAGAGAGGAAGUGUGCUGUCUUCGGACCUACGCCUCACUGCAAUUCACCAGCCCGGACGGGAUCGAACAUACAAGGACCAUGUUGAGCAUUCGUCGGUUGCGUUUUCUAGCCAGUACUUUGCUCCGCACUUUCCGCUGGAGACCGUCAGGCCUGAUGGCCGUGAAGCUACGUUUGAGGAAGCAGAGGUGGAUAAAGAUGACGAUUUCUUUGUUCCGGAUGCUUCCCUUGACGAUAUAAACCCGUAUAAUCUUAGUGAAAAUCAUGCUCAGGCUAGCACCAUGAUUGACUUUCCCACCGGAAUUACAGCCUUUAUGAAUCCCGAAGCUGUGCGCUAUGUCAACUCUCUUUUGUCGGCCAUGCAGCCAAGCGAGCCGGACGACAUUCUCGAUUCACUCCAAACAGAUGCCAUAGGAGACAUUUUCACCGAGAAAAAGAAGAGCCACAUUACGGGUUCCAUGCAGGAACUGUUGGUAAAACUGCCAAAGGCGAACAUUCGAUUUCUAAACUCAUCGACUUUGGACUCUCCAGACGCCAAUCAAGAAGAACAGGACCAGUACGACAUUCGCAUAUCCAAGACUUUGCUCAUCACUCGUACCGUCAAGGAGGGUACUGGUGAAACUGCAACCUCGCGCACUUCGCUUCACUUCCGCCUCAAAUCUGCAGAGAUGUCUGCGUCUGAACGGCUCUCUUCAAUUGAAACACCUCAGGCCGCGGUCAUGGUUAACGUCAACGACGUUCGAGUAUCACUGGGUGCAAAGGACAUAACAUAUUUUGAUGCUGAUGUUGGUUCAAUAGUCGGAAGCACUGCGUCUGGAAAGGUCGAAUAUUUGGCAUCCUUGAUUCACCGCACGGGUAGCAUAGCCACGGAAUUAGGCAGUCUCCUGUCUGAAACAGCCUCCCGUCAAGACAAUCGAACCAAGUACUUGAUCUCCAGGCUGUUGCAAGAGGGUCAUGCUACAAACGAUCCGUCGUUCCUUAUUCGACCUUCAGCAGUGCUGCGAUCCGCUCACGAGCACAUGAGAACGGUUGACUCAUGGAAGCUAAUGAUGCGUCUGCGACAAAUCUGGGCAACCAUGAGCCAGGGUAAGAAGCUGGACAUCAUCAACACAUGCAGAGAUGAUCCACCAGAAGUUCAACCCAAUGUCGCCCAGCAAGUUGUUUCCGCGUUUCAAAAGUGGCGAAGCUGGGAUUUGGAGGACCCUUCCAAGGCCGUUCUCAUCAAGAAAAUAUUUGGGAAAGCUGUCGGCCACAAGGAAGAGCCGUCACAGGAAUACCCUCUUCUUGGAGCUUGCCGAUUGGGCGAACUUCAGUUUGUGUUGGAUCCGGGGCCGAAGCAAAACAACAUUGGAUUUAUUGACCUGACCUUGAGAGUAGACAAGCGACCACCAGGGCAGCAGGAUGUUCUUCCUGAAAUCACAGAUUUCCGUGGGCCGCUGACAAUUUUGAAUCUCUGUUGCGGAGAAGCUGCCAUUCACUUAAACUGGGAGCUCUGCGAGUUGGCGGAAGACGUUCUGCGUCUGUAUAACAAGGCCCAAGUUCCAGGAUUGCAAGCGGCCAAGACACACAAGAAGGCAGCGGUAAGGUCAUCCCAGGUGCCCGCAGCAUAUCAUGUGGUGUUCGAGGUGAUUAAAGGAUCCAUCGAGGCAGAAACUAUCAACUUGACAGCAAAAUCCCUCAGCGAUGGGCUGACAACGUCCAUUUUACUCUGCAAUACUGGCGAGGAGCUGAGUGUGGCAAAUGCCAUGCUGAAUUGCAAGGCGGUUACAUCGAAGCUACAAAGUCAUGGUCAUGUGCUCAGUAUUUUGCAAAUCCAACAGCCGAGCGUGUUUGCUGCACAUGAGCUGCAGACAACAGGAGACAUCGAUGCGCAUGUCAUCAAGGUGUCGGCAAGUUCUGAAAGUCUGACUUUACGAGUCAAACAAGAUCCUAUUGGCCUUUUAGAGGUGCUCGAUUUGCUCAUCCGAGAUGAAGCCGCUCAGAUGUACAGACUUAAGGACCUUAUUCCAUCAUCUCCAGAUGGGCCAAAGAAGCGAGAUAAGAUCAAGAAGCGUAUUGCCACAUUUGUGGUCAAUGUUGCCAUGUUCCUCGAUGGAUAUACCCUCAGCAUGCCGCUGCUGCAGUCUCUGACAUAUAAGAUCACAGGUUCUGGGGCGAGAGCAUCAUGCGCCGCCAAUUUUGGGAAGGAAAUUGUGUUUGACUUCGAUAUCAAAGAAAACUCCCAUGAGAUGCAAAUCAACGUGAAAGACGAGCCACAGAGCAUUUCAUUGCUGGAAAUACCACCAGCAAACGGAAGGAUCACAAGUAACAUGCAGUCAACUCAAAACGCCAUCAGUGUCUUGGCAUCCAUGGAAGUCAUCCGCCUAGACGCAUCCGCCAUCUACAGCUUGCUAACGGCACUGAACCGCCCUCAGAUAUCUGGAGCAAUUGAUGAAGUUCAACAACAAGUCAAGAUCAUCAAGGGCCACAUCACAGAGACUUUUGGCGCCAAAGGGGAGGCCAAGGCUUCCGAUAUGCCCCCUGCUUCAUCUUCAUCAACUUCUGGCAUGGUUUACAACGUUCACCUGGCGUUGGCAGGGCUCCGAAUCUUGGCAAAGACGCCCCUCAAAUCGAUUGAAGAACCCAUGGCGCAGAUCCUGUUUGCCUUGGACAAGGUCACUCUGCAGGCUUCAAACCAACAUAACUCAAAUGCUGCUCCUCUGAAAUAUCCUGAUUUACAUGUCAAUCUGCGCCAAAUCAGCCUCGAUAUCUGCCGUGGCAAGGAGGGUGCGCUGCGGUCUUGUGGCAAUCUGACAACUGGCAUCAAUGUAUCCGCAAGCUCUCAACGCGGUGAUGACGGCAAAGAGGACUGGUCAUUACACUUCCGCAACGAUAUCCUGACACUAGAUCUCUCUCCAGAAACUGUUUCAACCGUUGUUGAUGUUGUCGGUUACAUGGGAUCCAAAAUUAGAAAUCUUGAUACAUCCCGUGAGUUGGAAUAUCUCCGGAAGUUGAGACAAUCAAAGCCGAAGAUCAAGAUCAACGAUGACAAAGAGGACUGGGGAGAAGAGACGGACAUUUUUGAGUCUGUUCUGUCAUCUAUUACCUACCGCUUUGAGCUGAGAAACAUUCGCUUCUGCUGGGAUGUGGCGGAUGAAACCAUUGACCAGGAUGCCACAAAGGAGGAUCUUGUCUUAUCCAUCAAGUUGAUUGAGUUUGGUACCCGAACCAGGAAGUCCGCGAGACUAACGAUUGAGGAUUUCCUCCUGCAAACGGUGCCUCCUGGUCAGGACAAGAGUAUCAGAUCAUUGCACUCUGCGCUUUUGCCAGAAGUUAUGUUCAAUGUCGCAUACAUAUCGACCGCGGACGCUCGUCGCAUGGCCUUCCAAGCAGUUGGAGACUCUCUCGACCUUCGAUUAACUUCGGGAUUUAUUGUGCCGGCUGCCAAUCUCAUACAAUCUAUCUCCUUAUCCAUGAAGAAUGUGCAAGCGGCCUCAUCACAGUGGACAAUCGAAGGGCCAGCAUCUGCCGAACACGCUGCACCCAAGAAGACUGAAGACACCGCACAGUCCCCUCGGCAACGCAGCAUGUUUGGAAACAAAAGGCUGGAAAACCUGCUCGUGGAUGCGGACUUUGCAGGUGCUGUUGUAUACGUAUCGACCAAAAGAAAUGCCAGCAGUGCAGUACCUGAAUCUAAAUAUGGCCAACCAUCUUUGGCAGGCAAAUAUGGCCAGUUCAGUGCCGAUGAUUCAGGCUCCGGUGCCGUCCUGCGCAGUCCAGGCUUGGCAGGGAAGGCCGAAUACUGCGACAAUGGCAAGGAAGAUCCCUCUCUCUACGGCGAGCUCAAAAUUGACGCUUCAAACAAUAUUCUGUAUCCCUCGGUCGUUCCGUUGGUUCUGGAUAUCUUGUCAUCAGUAAAACAAGUCGUCAGUGACAAGGACGGCACCGAUACUGAUGCGGAACGAAAAGCAGAGCAACCCGAUCGGCCGAAGCUGAAACCAACCAAGUCUGGUGAUGAGGAUAAUUUCCUUACUGUCGACCCAAGUACUGUGCUCGGUCGCCUAAGACUAAAUUUGGGAUUGCGUAUCUGCCGACAAGAGUUUUCGCUGAGUUGUCAGCCCAUAGCAAGGGUUUCUGCUACAACUUGUUUUGACAACAUGUACUUCACCCUCAAUACCGUCACGUCGCAGGAACAAGGCAACUUUUUCGCCAUCUCUGGCGUGAUCAACAAGCCGCAAGCAUCCGUCCAGCACGUCUAUUCACGAGAUUCUACAGCAAGCUUUGAGCUUGACUCCGUCACGAUUUCUUUCAUGAACAGCAAGCAUUUCAGUGGCACGAGUGGUGUUUCUGCCAUUUUGAAUGUCAGCCCAAUGAAAGUCUCGGUCAAUGCGAAGCAAGUACAGGAUUUCUUACUGUUCCGUGAAAUUUGGUAUCCAGCAGAGUUGCGACAAAAGUCCGUGGUUCAGGUUCCCAAGAUGGAGACUGAAUCAUCACAAGCACACCUUGUACAGCGGUAUCAGGAGGUUGCAGCAACAGCAGCUUUCCCUUGGACGGCAACGAUAUCUAUCGCAGCACUCGACGUCAGCAUCGACCUCGGGCAGUCGAUCGGCAAGUCAGUAUUCCAGAUCAACGAAUUUUGGGUGUCGUCCAAGAAAACGUCCGACUGGGAGCAGAAUUUAUGCCUUGGCUUCAAAAAGGUCGGUGUGGACUGCACUGGCCGCCUAAGUGGUUUUAUAGCUCUGCAAGAUUUUAGGCUACGAUCAUCAAUCAAGUGGCCACAGCGAGAAGAAGCUCUCAACGAGACGCCGCUUGUACAAGCAUCACUUGCGUUCAACGCAUUGCGCAUCAAGGCGGCAUUUGACUACCAAGCAUUCUUGGUGGCCGACAUUACAUCUCUAGAGUUUCUGAUGUACAACGUUCGAGAGCGACGUGACGGCAACGGAGACCGACUGGUUGCAAUUUUCGACGGCGAAGCUGUGCAGGUGUUUGGGACGACAACAUCAGUAGCACAAGCCGUGGCGCUCUAUCAAGCACUACAGAAGCUGAUUGAAGAGCGGAGGGAGAACUUCAAGUCGUCGUUGCGAGAGAUUGAAAAGUUUAUGAAGCGCAAAUCCCUCAACACACGUACUGCACUACAAACGUCUCCCGUCGUGCCGAAGCUACCGGUGGAUGAUACACUGUCCAAGUCACCCAUCUCUUUGGAUACUGACGUGGUGGUGACUUUGAAGGCUCUGAACUUGGGCGUCUUCCCGAGCACCUUUUCCGACCACCAAGUAUUCAAGAUGGAAGCUCUCAAUGCGUAUGCCCGAUUCGCAGCCAGCAUUGAACAGCGACGAAUUCAUAGCAUUCUGCGUAUGACACUGGGUCAGCUGCGGAUCGGUCUAGCCGGUGUUCGAGAUGUCGAAGCGCCCAAGAUGCUUAAUGAAAUGACGGUUGAGGAUGUCGUCCAAAGAGCUACCGGAUCCCGUGGCGGUACGAUUCUCAAGGUCCCCCGUGUCGAAGCCGUGAUGGAGACGUGGCAGAAACCAACCAGCAAUCACAUCGACUACAUUUUCAAGAGCGCAUUCGAAGGCAAAGUAGAAGUAGGGUGGAACUACUCUCGCAUCAGUUACAUCCGCGGCAUGUGGGCUAACCACUCGAAAUCACUGGAACAAACCUGGGGUCGUCAACUACCAAUGACGGCAGUGAAGAUUACUGGUGUCCCGGAAGCCGAAGGCGAUGGCGAGCAGCAAAAGAUUACGGCAGAAGUCACAGUCCCGCAGUCCAAGUACGACUACCUGGCUCUUGAGCCACCGGUGAUUGAAACGCCACAGUUACGUGAUAUGGGUGAGGCAACGCCUCCUUUGGAAUGGAUCGGAUUGCAUCGCGAUAGGCUCCCCAAUCUGACGCAUCAGAUUGUGAUUGUGUCGUUGUUGGAGUUGGCGGGAGAGGUUGAGGAUGCGUAUUCUAGGAUCUUGGGGUCUACUUGA